AAUACACUGUCCGUCUUACAAUUGAGAGGUUCCGCCCGGCGCUUAUUUUGAAGGGCCCGCAGGAAGACACGAUUAUUUCUGGUGAGCGCUCACUUGACAAUGAUACGCAGUUUUUGACGGACAAACAACCGGACGGACAACCAACUGGACAGCUUCACAGUGGGCGUGGGCCGUUUAUCGCUACAAGAUCAAGAAGCAGAAGAACCUUCUCUAAGGCAGCACGAUGUCGUCCGUUCCUCUGACCGCAUUGGCGGUUCUUGUCCUGGCGGUUCCGCUCAACUGUCAAGCCGCCACCGACGGAGCGGUUCGGGACGUGAUGGACAGGAGCUUUGUCUUCUCAACGCGUUUGUACCGGGCGCUGGCGAGCCGCACCGACGACAACGUUUUGGUGUCGACGUUGUCGGUGUGGCGCGGCCUGGCGGCGCUGCUCGGCGGUACCGGCGGUACAACGCAAGAGCAGCUGCUGGCGGCGCUCGGACUCACCGGAUUGGACCCUCAAAACAUUCCAGAUGCGCUGUCGACGUUGACGAGCGGCCUCUACCUGAAGCAGGGCGUGGCCGUGUUCGCCGACCCCAGCGCGCAGGCGUCCCCGUCGUUCACCGACUUUCUGCAAAGCAACUACAGCGGCGACGUGAAGAGCGUGGCCUUUGACCCGCCGCGGGACGCUGCCGACGCCAUCAACGUGUGGGUCCGCCAGCAGAUCGGUGAUGAGGUUCAGGACGCAGUUGCCGAUGUGGACCCCCAGGCAAAGUUGCUCCUCGCCACCGCCGCCUCCUACCAAGCCCAAUUCAGCCAAGCGUUCAACGCCAGCGUGACUCAGGUGGAACGCUUCUACGUGGACAACUACCACGUGGUGACGGUCCCCAUGAUGUUCCGGGCCGACAAGUACUACCUGGCGUACGACCGCUCGCUCAAAGCCGGCGUGCUCAAGCUGCCCAUGACGGACGGGGCGGCCGCCUUGGUGGUGCUGCCCGACCAAGACGUGGACAUCGGCUCGGUGGAGGAGGCGGUCACCGAGGAGAAGAUCCGGGCCUGGAUCCGCCAGCUGAAGAAGACGAAGCUGGAGGUGCAGUUGCCACGCUUCUUCUUGGAUCGAUCCUACUCUCUGAAGGACGUCCUGGGCUCUCUGGACAUGGUCCAAGUCUUCCAGGAUGACGCCGACCUCAGCAAGCUGGGGGCCGCUCCAGGCCUCAAAUUGUCACAGGUUCUUCACAAAGCCGUCGCCGCGAUAGAUGAGAGCAGCCAAGGAGCCGCCUUAGGAGGCGGAGCCAGCGUCUUCUCCACUCCUCCCCCUCGACUGACCAUCAACCGACCGUUCCUCUUUUUGGUCUACCAUCAGAGCAGCGGCGGCCUGCUCCUGAUGGGGCGAGUGCGCGACCCCACCAAGAAAUAAGUCUGUCUUCCGGGUCGUCCGCAAAGGUUGAAUGGAGGCAACUGGACUCCCAAGUUAACGUAGCGACGACGUCUUUCGAAGACAACGUCGCACGUCAUGGGCGAGACCCCAGCGCUUGCCACGACAUGAACGCAGGAGAGACCCUGGCCCUAAAAACGUGGGGGGGGGGCGGCAGGUGGUGGAUGCGGUGAAAAGAGCAAAGAGGGAAACUCGGCGCCUUCAAAUUUCAAAGAGGCCGAAAUGUCAACAAACGACAAGUUGCCUCCGUUCAAGCUUUGCGACUCGACAUCCUUUGCGCCGCUCUGUUAUUUAGCCAGUGCAGUAGCCAACGUGUCCAGAGGGGCGGCGCUGUCUGCAUGCUUUGCACCCUUUCACACUAUGCCCGAUUGUUUCAUGUUGUCAUUCCAAAUACAUACUAUUCAUUUGUAUUUAACAACUCCUGUGUUC